AUGGUAGAGGCGAGUCCGCCGCCACCGCAGCCGCCGUUCAUGCCCGGCGCUUGCCAGGUGUGGGCCGGACGCUGCAUCCGGCCCGGCGGAGUGCUUGGGACGCAGUUCUACGCGUUUCUCGCCCUCUUUGUACUCGGUGCGGUCCUCAUCGUACGCAGCGUCGCCAGGGGGCACCUGGAGAGCGAAACCCCAGGGUCCUUCGCGGCGCAUCUUCUCGCGUCGACAGUGCUCGUGCCCGCUCCGGCUCCAGCGCUGGUCCAACCGCGGCCGCUCGACGAGCGGAUCGACAGCCGCACUUCGUUUGCGCAGAUUCUGCGCGAGCAGGCGGUGCGUGCCGCCGGCCCGAGGCCCAGGUCGCUUCCGCGGCGGCGCAUCGACAUCGACUUCGCGGUGCUGCUCAUGCGCACGUCGUACGCGACGGCGGACGAGCUUGACUUCAUGCCGAUGGACGAGUUCCAGAAGCGCCAGUUCCUGCUGCGCCAGGACGAUUGGGAGGGCUACCGCCAGCCGCUGCCGCCCGUCAAGCAGGGCGACAUCUCCGACCCAAACUACUUCGACUUCAUGUCCUACUGCCAGUACGCCACGAUCGCCGCGGGGAUGCGCGACGGGAGGGUGGUGUUCGAGGAGCUCAUCGACGCGAACGGCACCAGCGUCGUGGUGGCGCGAGACCCGGCCCUCCCGCGGGACAAUGCGCGGCUGCCGGCGCUGCUGUCGCUGCGCGUCGGCGACAAGAUCCUCGACGCGAUCGCCGAGCGCUAUCCCGGCCUCGCGCCCACCGUCGAGCUGCGGCCGAGCAGGGCGGCGCUCCUCGAGGGCGUCAAGGCGCUCGCGCAGGUGUUCGAGUACAACAACUACCUCCUCUCCGCGCGGCUCGAGCCCUCCGAGCGAGGCUUCCAGCUCUCCGCGAUCGCGCCGGCCACAGUCUGGUCGCAGCAGGUGCUCUCGCUCAGGGGCGAUCUGGUCAACGACUUUGAGGCGAAGGCAAUCGCCGCCUACCUCCGCCGCUGCGCGGUGGACGCCUCCUACACCACCCGGUACGAGGGGUCCGAGGUUGUCCACAUUUUCGUCUACGCAUAG